UCUCGCCGGAAACUGAAAACAGACUUGAAAACCCACGAUUCCGACAGAACAUCAUCACCCUUCCAACUAAGAAUCUCACGCUCCCACUACUGAUCGUCAAUAUUAGGAAUUGCGAUUCCACGCGCUUCCGAACGCUUCCGUGCAACGUACUCAGUGACAUUUUUGUUUCCCCACUCCGCCAUGAAAAGAGAGAGCUAAGCUUGCAAAUGCAAAUGACAACAUUGUUAGAACAUUUCACUACAAUACUCGAUCUUCUAGUCGCCGCCGCCAUGGAAUCAUCGAAACCAGCGACUCAAUCGUGGAAUCAACAUCGCCUAGGGUUAGAAGAAGACAGAGGAAGAAGGUGUCAUAUGACUGGAGCACCACCACCACCUACUCAGAUCUGCUUCCGAUUGAUCUGUUGAUGGAGAUUCUCAAACGCUUACCUGUAAAAACCCUAGCGAGGUUCCUCUCCGUAUCGAAGCUAUGGACAUCCAUCAUCCGCGGGAGAGUGUUCAUGAAAUUGUUCCUCACGGAGUCUUCUUCUCGACCAGGUCGUCUCUUCUUCACCUUCUUACGUGAAGAUGAUUGUUUCACUUUCUCAUGGCUUCAAUCCCAAAAUCCAGGCGAAGCCUCUUACCUUUUCACGCAUCCUGCUUGUGAAUACUCAAUCAAUUCGUCCUCUGUUCACGGUUUGUUUUGCUACGGAACUGCUUCUGCUUCUGCACUUGUGGUUUAUAAUCCCACCACUAGAAGAUCCAUCACAUUGCCUGAAUUAGAUCCCCAAAGCUUGGUCAUGAAACACUUCUUGUGCUAUGAUCCCAUUGGUUGUGUUUACAAAGUCUUGUGUUUGACAGUACCAAGGCUUAUAUUACAGGAGACGAAGCCUGUAGACGUAGAGCACGUUUUACAGGUUUUGACAUUGGGAAAUGGGAAUAAUUCGUGGAAGGUCAUUGAAGAUCCUUAUGAUCACUUUCCUAUCUUUAGCCACAUAUGCAUCAAUGGUGUUUUAUAUUAUGAAGCUACCACAGAUUCGAAGGAGGCUUCAGUCAUGAGUUUUGAUGUUAGGUCUGAAAAAUUUGAUCUUUUUAAAGCACCUGGUGAUGCGGAUGGCGUGCUUGGCUGUUUAUCAACUAUGACAAGGUACCAAGGGAAGCUAGCUAUCUUGUCAACUGAAAUUUCUGCUAAUGGUAGUAUGGUUUUGUGGGUUCUAGAGGAUUCACUGAAACAUGAAUGGUCUAAGAAGGUUUUUGUUUUACCUAGUUCAUGGACAAGUCAUUUAGCUCAUUGCCCACUUGAUCUUCAUCGUUUCGUUAACGUCACUGAUGCGGGUGAGUUUAUUUUGGCACCGAUGCCUUUGCUUAUUUCACCCUAUUAUGUUCUCUAUUAUGAUCCGAAAAAAAACACUGUGAGAAAAGUCGUGGUAGAAGGAUUCCAAGGACAUAGGCGUAAGCUAUUAGGUGGCAAUAAAGGAAAAUAUUGUUUUCUGUUCCAUCUCUUCUCUACUGAGGUUGAGAGUCUUAUGUUUAUGUAAGACCGCAAGCUGAUGGGAUUGUCGACACCUUCAAUGUCAGUUAGUUUUUUUGCAACUCACGGUGAUCUCUGUUGAAAUGUGACCUAAUAACCCAUCUUUUGUACUUCCGUGUUGUAGUUACUUGGGAGGUCUCAUGUUCCAUGUCUAACUUGUUAAUCAUGGAUGUUUCAUCUUUUGUUGCUACUGUAGUUUUUCUUUCUGAAUUUGUAAUGUAGAUCACAUUUUGUCCUUUAAGCAUAAGCGCUUCACCUCCGUGGUUUAUAUUGA